AAUAAAGCUUGGAAAAGCUUUAUUUGGAAUGAGAGAAUAAAAUAAUUAAUCUAACAAAAAGACGCAAAUAUUCUUAAAAAGUUGAAAAUCAAUAUAAUAAAAGUUGCAUAAUAAUAUGCAAUACGAAUUGCAACGAAUUAUUCCAUAAAAAUGAUCAAAAACGUUGUGGUGGGCAUAUCAGGUGGCGUUGAUAGCGCCGUGACGGCUCUUUUACUUAAAAAUAAAGGAUUUAAUGUCACUGGAAUAUUUAUGAAGAAUUGGGACAUUAGAGAUGAAACAGGAAAGUGUGCAGUUGAGAAAGAUUACGAAGAUGCUCGAUGGAUUUGCAAUAAACUAAAGAUUCCUUUAAUACAAAUUGAUUUUGUGAAGGAAUAUUGGAACGAAGUUUUUAGCGAUCUUAUAGAAAAGUAUCAGACUGGAUAUACUCCGAAUCCAGAUAUUUUGUGCAACAAGAACAUAAAGUUUAAUAAAUUUUUUGAUGUUGCAUUUAAUAGAUUUCAAGCAGAUGCAAUUGCGACAGGUCAUUACGCUAAUACAAGCUUUGGACCUUAUUUGGAAAACUAUAAAGAAGAUACUAAUGUACACUUAUUACAAGCACACGACAAUAGUAAAGACCAAACAUUUUUUUUAAAUCAAAUACCGCAGCAAACCUUAAGACGUUGCAUGUUUCCUCUUGGAAAUUAUCUGAAAAAUCAUGUAAAGACGAUUGCUAAAGAAGCAGGCUUGCACAAGAUAGCACAGAAAAAGGAGAGCAUGGGUAUCUGCUUUGUGGGCAAACGUGAGUUUCAAGAUUUUAUUUCAGAGUAUAUAGAUGAUAAACCUGGUGAACAUGUAGACCUAGACAGUGGACUGUCGAUAGGCAAACACAAUGGUAUUCAUAAAUUGACAAUAGGACAAAGAUGUAGAAUCGGCGGUGGCAGCAAGGCUUAUUAUGUGUUUAACAAGGAUCAGAACACAAAUACCAUUUUAGCGGUGGACAGUACAAUCCAUCCAGCAUUGUACACUGACUUUCUGAUAACACGGGACGUUCAUUGGAUCAGUGAGGAGCCACGCGAAUUAAGAUGCAGCGGUGUUUUGAAUUGUGACUUUCGCUUCCAGCAUAGGAAUCCGUUAAUCUCUUGCAAUGUGUACAAAAUAUCCGACAAUCGGCUAUUUAUCCGUCUUAGCGUACCUUUACGAGCGAUUACAAAGGGGCAGUAUGCUGUUUUAUAUUCUGGAGAGGAAUGUUUGGGUGGUUCAAUGAUAUCAUAUUCAGGACCAUCUUAUUUCGCGCUUAAUCGGCAAAAUUCUAUAAGCGAAACUCGUUUCUAUAAUUUGAUAGCAUUAACUUCAAAUAUACAUUUGCCAAACAAUAUAGCGGAAGAAAUAGGCGAAGGAGCAGUUCCACUCACUCAUAAGAAUAUUGAUACAACAUUAGCUGAAAAUGAACUUGUAUUUAUAAAUUUCUAUGCACAAUGGUGUCGCUUCAGCAACUUACUAGCUCCAAUUUUUGAUAAAGCUGCAGAUAAGAUUAGAGCAGAAUUUCCAGAACCAGGGAGAGUAGUAAUGGCUAAAGUGGAUUGUGACCAAGAAACAUCUGUGGCAUCUAGGUUUCACAUAAGCAAAUAUCCAACAUUAAAAGUAAUAAGAAAUGGACAACCAACCAAGAGAGAGUACAGGGGUCAGCGAUCAACGGAAGCAUUCCAAGAAUUUAUCAAGAAGCAGCUAGAAGAUCCUAUUAGAGAAUUUUUUGAUUUAAAAGAACUUAAUGAACUUGAUGAUAAAAAGCGUAUGAUUAUCGGAUAUUUUGACAGAAAAGAUACACCAGAAUACGAAUUAUUCAGAAAAGUUGCCACUAAUUUGAAGGACGAUUGCCAGUUCCAUGUUGGUUUUGGUAAGAUAUAUAUUCGAUCCGAUAAAGCCCUAUCCAAUGAUGAAGAUGAAACUUAUAAAGGAAGUUUGCGCGUUUAUGAUGAAUUAAAUGUAUGGGCACAGGAGAAAUGCGUCCCGCUUGUAAGAGAAAUAACAUUCGAAAAUGCGGAAGAAUUAACGGAAGAAGGGCUACCAUUCCUUAUACUAUUUCAUGCUCCCGAUGAUAUAGAAAAUGUCAAGUUGUACAAAGAUAUUGUAACUAGAACAUUAAUAAGCGAAAAACAGAAUGUCAAUUUCUUAACCGCUGAUGGCCUGAAAUUUGCACAUCCGCUACAUCAUUUAGGAAAAAGCACAGCAGAUCUGCCAUUGAUUGCAAUAGAUAGCUUUAGACACAUGUACCUGUUCAAAGAUUUCAAUGACAUUUUUGUAGAAGGGAAACUUAAAGCUUUUCUCCAAGAUUUGUAUUCUGGCAAACUUCAUCGUGAAUUUCAUUAUGGUCCUGACAUCACUAAUAAUGAUAUACCACAAAUUACUGGAAAACAAGUGAAAACGCCUACAACACCGCCAGAGUCUGCAUUCAAGAAAUUGGCACCAAGCAAAAAUAGGUAUACAAUAGUUAAGGAUGAACUGUAAUAAAAUCAGAGUGUAGUGUGGUGCAGUGAGAUUUUCGUAAUUUAUAUACAGUUACUAAUAAAUUGGAAAAAGUGAGUCGCGCAGCGAUUUUCUAACAUUCAUAAUAGAUAUGUUUCGUAAUAUAUUUAAUAUUAACAUGAGUCUUCUAAAAUUUCGACGAAUCCGUCUUUUCUUCUCUAUGACUUUUAUCCUUUCCAUAUUUUUUGCGGGAUGGAUUUCACGUUUUGAUUUACUCACUUGUUAUUUAAUAAGACAACAUUAUUUGAAAUUGUUUGUUAACUGCCUAUAUAAUUUUCAUAUCCAAGAGAUACGACACAUAUAAAAAAAAAAAUCCUCAUACAUUGGUGAGAUCUAUUGUUGGCAAAAAACAAAUGAUAAAGAAUAAAAUGUUCUUUUUCUUUUGAUAAGAUACUUUAGUUCUUUUGAAUGCACGAAUUGCCGAAAGUAGUUUUUUUUAAUGACAGUAAAAUGUCAAGUUUUACAUCUACCAGUGUCAAUAAUUACGUAUCAGAUUUUUGUAUGUAUUUUAUUAUUAUGAAGUAAUCAUGUAAUUUAAUGUCGUUAUUGUUGAUUUAUACAAUUUCGAUAUAAAUCUGAGAUGUUUUUGUAUGUA